AGCCAGAAGAUGCAGGAGAUCAUUGCUGGGCUGGAGCGGUUCACCUUCGACUUUGAGCAGGAUGUGGAGUUGCAGAGGGGCACUGGGCUCCUGCCUUUCCAAGGCAUGGACAAGUCCAGCUCUGCCGUGUGCAACUUCUUUGCAAAAGGGCUCUGUGAGAAAGGGUCACUCUGCCCGCUCCGGCAUGAGCAGGGCGAGAAGAGGGUGGUGUGCAAACACUGGCUUCGAGGGCUCUGCAGGAAGGGCGACUGCUGCAACUUCCUGCACCAGUAUGAUGUCAGCAGGAUGCCCGUGUGCUACUUCCACUCCAAGUUCGGUGACUGCGGCAACAAGGAGUGUCCCUUCCUCCACGUGACGCCGGCUUCCAAGAUCCAGGACUGCCCUUGGUAUGACCAAGGAUUCUGCAAGGAUGGUCCCCUGUGUAAGUACCGCCAUGUCCGACAAGUAAUGUGUCUCAACUACUUCACCGGCUUCUGUCCACAGGGACCUAAGUGCCAAUUUGCCCACUUGUCAACAGGCUUCAGGAUUCUGCGACUCCAGCCUCUGUUGCCUACGUGGCCCACCACCAUAGGAGGCGCAGCAGUGUGUAUCCUGCCUGCAGCUGAGAGCCUGGUCCGCACCACAGUGUCCAAACCCAGGCCACUCUACCAGUGAGGUAAACUACAAGUUGGCAUCAUCAAAGCAGCCCAUCGUAAAGAAACUGGACACUCUCCUAGUUCCAUGGC